CCGCUGGCUGAGAAAUCCCCCUUUUAUUCUUCAGUCUCUCACUUACACAUAAAGAAAAGAUGGAUCUCAACUGGUGUGUCAUCUGCGAUCAACAUGUCGAUGAAGCAUUGGACUCUUCUCUCUACUGUAGUGACCUUUGCAGAUUGAAGGAUCAAAAAAACGCAACCACAGUCAAUCUUUCAACGUCACCUUCCACUUCCCUCAACUUGAACACAGCCAAUCGUAUGAUGAAGACGCCGUUCUUGAUCUCUCGUUUGGCUAAGAAGCCAACGGCGGUUGCCCUCAGCACUACUUCCUAUCCUUGGGUUCCUCUGUACCGCAAGCGUCAUGGUAUUGCUGUUGCACGUCGUUGUGUUCCCGCUCCUGUCAGUACGUUGGCCACCAAACCCUUCGCCCCCUUGGUGGUAUAAACUCUUCCUUCUAUGAAAUUUUCUUUUUUGCUCUUCUUAUACGUCGGUAUUCAGGAAUGACUGUAAAUAUCCCCCCCCCCACUUUUUUUCUCUCAUAACGUUUUUUCAUCGAAAGCCCCAAAAAAAAGAAGCUCACAAAAAAACAUCAAAAGAAAAAAAACCAGCACACAAACUACUCCACAAAAGCAUUUAUUAUGAUCUAUAUUAUGUAUACUAUUACUUCUCAUUUGCAUACCUGAUACCGCAAUCAAAUCCACACUCCAAUAAAUAACAUAAAAGCAAUUGCAUUUUCCAUAUUAACCAUCCUAAAAUU